AUGAGCGCCUCACUCGCCACUUCGCCGGUUGACACAAGACCAACUUCGAUACAGAUCAACACAACACCAAAGAAGACCUCGGUAAAACAAAGUCCGACUGCCAUAGUAUCGCUACUUUCUGGCGCCAUUGCUGGAGGUGUUGAAGCCACGGCGACCUAUCCUUUUGAGUUUGCCAAAACCAGAGCACAGUUACAAGCGAGCACAACCGGUUCGCGGAAUCCUUUUGCAGUCAUUGCCAACGUCGCAAAAAGUGAUGGCAUUGGAGCGAUUUACACUGGAUGCUCUACAUUGAUUGUGGGCACAGCUUUCAAGGCCGGCGUUCGAUUUCUCUCUUUCGAUUCCAUCCGCGCCCGUCUAGCCGAUGAACGGGGGGUACUUUCUCCAGCGCGAGGACUGCUGGCGGGAAUGAUGGCCGGCGCAGUGGAAAGUGUGGUGGCUGUUACACCAACCGAGCGCGUCAAGACCGCUCUCAUCGACAACGCAAAGAGCAGUACCAAGCUUUACAAUGGAGGCUUCCAUGCGACCAAAGUCAUCCUCCAAACACACGGGAUAGCCGGGUUAUACCGAGGUCUGGUUUCCACCACCAUGAAGCAAUCGGCCACUUCUGCUGUCCGCAUGGGCUCAUAUAAUGUCCUGAAAGAGUUUGCGCGUCGGAAAAACCUACCACAAAACAGCGCUGUGACUUUUGGAUUGGGCGCAAUUGCUGGAACUAUCACUGUUUAUGCGACACAGCCUUUCGACACUAUCAAGACGAGGGCGCAGAGUGCAAAAGGUGCAACUACAGGCGAGGCAUUUCGAAGUGUGAUGCAAAGCUCAGGAGUACGAGGAUUCUGGAGCGGCAGCACUAUGCGCUUAGGAAGACUGGUCUUCAGUGGCGGAAUCGUGUUCACAGUAUAUGAGAAGGUUGCUUCUCUUUUGACUCCUUCUCAGUAGCAUUUUAGUAUACAAAUAUACCCAGUUUUUUUUUGAA